AUGCCAACAGUGUGGUUUUCUUUGAAGAAGUCACUACAUUGCAAAUCAGAACCAUCAGAUGUACAUGAUCCAAAAACAAGGAAGCAUUUAAGCACAAUCUUGACAAAAAAAGGAGGAAGAUCAGGUUGUUCAAGGUCAAUAGCAAAUCUAAAAGAUGUUAUCCAUGGAAGCAAACGCCAUCUUGAAAAGCCUCCAAGUUGUAGUCCAAGAUCUAUUGGAAGCAGUGAGUUUCUCAACCCAAUAACUCAUGAGGUUAUUUUGAGUAACUCAAGGUGUGAGCUUAAAAUCACUGGUUUUCAAGAAGGGGUUAAUAGUGGUGGAAACAAUGCUAGUGGAAGUAGUGCUGGUGGUUCUUCAACUUUUGUUGGUACUUUGAGACCUGGAACACCUGGUCCUGGAGGGCACCCUACAAUGCAUUACUUUAACCCUUCUUUUAGGACUUCUUCUACUCCUCCAAGGAAAUCUCCUUUUCUGUUAUCAGAAGGGUCUGGUCUUAAUGGUGCUGGUGUUCAUUCAAGUAAUAGGAUGUCACUUGAGACUGAUGCUAAUGGCUCUUCAACUGUUACUUGUCACAAAUGUGGUGAACAGUUUACCAAAUGGGAAGCUGCUGAAACUCACCAUCUCUCCAAGCAUGCUGUUACUGAACUUGUGGAAGGAGAUUCAUCAAGGAAAAUAGUAGAGAUAAUAUGCAGAACAAGUUGGUUAAAGUCUGAAAACCACUGUGGUAGAAUUGAGAGAGUGUUGAAGGUGCACAACAUGCAAAAGACAUUAGCUAGAUUCGAAGAAUACAGAGAAAUGGUGAAAAUCAAAGCAAGCAAACUCCAGAAGAAGCAUCCUAGGUGUUUAGCUGACGGAAACGAGCUUUUACGGUUCUAUGGAACCAGUGUUGCUUGUUCUCUUGGUCUCAAUGGUUCAUCAAGUCUUUGCCUAUCAGAAAAAUGCUGUGUUUGCAGAAUUAUCAGGAAUGGUUUUUCUGCUAAGAAGGAGCUGAAAGGUGGUAUAGGUGUUUUCACAACUUCCACGAGUGGAAGAGCUUUUGAGUCUAUAGAGAUUCUUGAUAAUGAACCGUCACAAAGAAAGGCGUUGAUAGUGUGCAGAGUAAUCGCUGGCAGGGUUCAUCGGCCACUCGAGAACAUUCAGGAAAUGGCAGCUCAAACUGGAUUUGAUUCAUUGGCUGGAAAAGUCGGUCUUUACUCAAAUAUCGAAGAGCUCUAUUUGCUUAAUCCUAGAGCUCUUCUUCCUUGUUUUGUUGUAAUUUGCAAACCAUGA